CAUCGUCUCUUUUCUUUCUCCUUCGCAGUUGAGAUCUUGAUCAUUAAUUAACUAAUUAGCCAUGAGUAGAGGUGGAAGCUCCGGCGGCGGUCAGAGUUCUUUAGGCUACCUUUUUGGGUCUGGAUCGUCCGAUGAACAACCAAUUAGGGCACCACCACCUUCCCGGACUGUAUAUAACCUACCGCCAUAUGGUGUUGAUAUUAUCCCCGAAAAGAACUCCGAUCAUCUUUCUCCUGAAAACCAGAAGGCUUCAAGCAACUACCGUCGAGCUCAAGGCCAGAAUACUGGCAACUUCAUCACUGAUCGUCCGUCGACAAAGGUGAAGUCUGUGCCAGGAGGAGAUUCAUCUCUUGGGUACCUCUUUGGAGAUAAGUGAAGUUUUAUGUCUCUCAACAUAUAUAUCCAGAUUUUAAAUCUAAGUGAAAAUAAGGGAUUACUGCCAUUUCCCAUGAUUAUUAAUGAACCUAAACUAAUAUAGUGUACAAAAUAUAAUCCGCUGUUUUUUUAAAAUCAUAAUUCAUAUGCAUAUGAUUAUGAAGGGUUUUAAGACUGUAAACUGUAAAAGCUAGUGAUGCAACUUAGUUAGCUUAUAACUAGCUAGCUAUAUGUAAUGUAUGUUUGUCUUUAAUAAGAAUAUAAAUAUAUAUCUAGCUGUUUUUAU